CGGAGCGCAAGGCACCCCGGAACUACCUCAGAAUCAACAGGGACCUAACCAGGCGAACGGUCUACCCGACGGGAGGCCCUAGCCACACGACAUUUCAUUUCAUUUCACCGGCACGGUGGAGCUUUCUCUGCUUGGACGCGGGCGCCAUGACUGAUGACGAGGAUGAAGUGAACUCAAGAUUACAGAACGCACAAAGAUCUGACGAAUGCAUUAAAUUUGAAGACAUUGUGGAAGAUAUAGGAAGUAACGGGAAGUUUCAAAAACGCCUAAAUAUAAUUUUUAACUGCGUGUCAGUGAUUUUCAACACAACUUCUUCAUACAGUAAAUUGAUAGCUAUCACUGUGCCUGAUCAUUGGUGCCAUGUUCCAGGAAGAGAGGCAGCAAAUUUCAGCGUAGAAGCGUGGAAAAACCUUACAAUACCAAGGGAAGAUGGGGAAUACACCAAGUGCCUUAUGUACAAGGAUGUCUGGCAGGGAAAUGAAACAGUUCCCUGUAUGCAUGGAUGGGAUUAUGACGACUCUUGGUUUUCGGCCACUGUUACUUCCCAGGAGAACUGGGUGUGUGAGAAGGAUAUGUAUCCAAAUAUGGUAUUCUCAGUGAGCCUGUUCAUUUCAAUUGUAUUUGGAGUUCUGCUCUUCUAUGGUGGUGACAGAUUUGGACGGAGAAAGCAAUACCUUGUGAGUACAGGUAUGAUAGCAGUUUCCAGAACUAUGUUGACUGUUUCUUCAUCUGUGUUCCCACUGUACAUUUUUUUCUCUGUAAUGGCAGAGGCUGCAGGAUUGCCUAGCACUGACUCAGCUCUAGCUUUGGGAAUUGAGCUGACAGAUGUGAGACAUCGUUCAACUGUCAACUUCUUGUCAUUUUUCAGUUACUGUAUAGGAACCAUAGCUAUGGCACUAUUAGCCUGGGUGCUUAGGAACUGGGUCCACUUUAUCCUGGCAGCAACUCUCCCAUUAUUUGUUCCCAUAUUUCUUAUUAGGUAUCUCCCUGAAUCUCCUCGGUGGUAUAUUAGCAAGGGCCAUCCAGAAGAGGCUCUCAAGGUUCUUCAACAUAUUGCUAAAGUAAAUGGCAAGCCAGUACCACAAAAUAUGUUCAGCAAGCUGAAUAUAUUGUCUCAACAAAGAAGUCCAAACAUGAGUGUCAAAACUAUCUUCACCAACAAAAACCUAUUCAAGAAUACUGUUCUUUUAAUGUGUGGCAAGUCUGCUAGUGCACUUGCCAUGUUCACUUUACUUUUUAGUAACACUACAUUUGGAGAAAAUCCUUUUCUUGCUUAUAUUGCACAAGGAAUUCUACAGAUACCUGCUGUAAGUGUGGCACAUUUCGUUGGUAAUGUGCUUGGGAGGCGAAUUACACACUGUCUCACUUUACUGACUGCAGGUGUCCUGUCCAUUGUUAUGAUAUUUUUGCCCAAAGAGUCAUCGCCUGCAUGGAUGGUGUUAACUGGAUCUUUACUACUCCAGUUCUGUUCACACUGCUCAGUGUCACUCACAAAUCUGCAGAGCAUGGAAAUACACCCUACUUGCAUUAGACAGAUCAGUUUAGCUAUGGAGUAUAUUCUUCUUACAUGUGUCCACUGCCUACCACCAUAUCUUGCACACCUGGAAAAAGUGGCUGGCCCUCAGUACAUGUUUAGUGUUCUUGCAAGUGUAUUACUGAUUACAUCAUUUUUGGUAUCAUUUGUGCCUGAAUCUCUUAAUGAGAAACUUCCAGAGACAGUAGAAGAUGCUGCACUCUAUGGUCGUUCUCAGAAGUACUGGAGCUUUCCAAAGAAGAGGAGGGCCAGACAAGAAGCAAUAGAGCUAUGCAAGUGUGUGUCUUAAAUUUAGAAAAAAGAAAAUAUUAUGGAGUGUGCUUUGUAUGCAAGAAUGCCACUGAAAAAGCAGCACAACUUCAAAAUUAAUUAAGAAAUAAUGGCCAAUUAUUUAUGGCGGUACUGUUUACCAUGAAUUACACUACCCAUAUUUUGAAGUUCUGAGAAUUAUGAGUAACAACAAAUGUAAUUUACUGUACAUGUAACUUAACUAUGGUACAUAUAAUAAGUCUGUAAAACGUGGUCAGAGAUUUCUAUGUUAUUAAUUGGACAUA